CCGUGCCGCCGCCGCAUUCCUGACGCCGAGCCCUAAACGCUUCUACUCUCCUCGGUCCUCGCCCACCCGCCUCUCCCUUUCCCAUCUCCCUUGCCUUCGCCAAACCCUCAGAGAUGGCCUCGACCUGCUUCCGCGCCGCCGCCCGCGCCGCCACCGCGGCAUGCCGCUCGGCGGCCUCCCGCUCCAUGCCCUCCGUCGGCCGCUCCGCCGCCCGCCGCGCCCCGCUAAUCUCCAGGGUGCCGCUGGAGCUGGGGUGCUGCGCGGGAAUGUCGCUGCUGCCGCUGCACAGCGCGGUGGCCGCGGCGAGGCUGACUUCGCGGCUGAGCACGGCGUCCCGGAGCUCCUCCGCUCUCUCUCAGGGUAUCCUCUGUCGCACCUAUCCCGGACUUUAACAAUCGUACCAUCGAUGAAGCUGUUGUCUGUCUUUUCGGUUUGGGCACAUGAGUUGCUAGUUCUUGAAAGGUAUUUUACUGGAAGCUUGCUGUUUUGCUUCGCAAUCAUCAAGAAUGAGUGCCUAAACAUGUCAAAUUUGUACCUGAAGACUAGAUUUAUAUUAUUUACAUAUAAUUAUUAGCCGCCUUUCUUGAAGAACAGUUUGAUGGAUAAAAUACGCCAUUUCCCUAUGUUUUAUGCAGUGGUUGUGAUUUUGCUAAGCCUACCUGUUUGGGAAAAAUAUAUGCAAUAUUAUUUGUGCAACUUUCCUAUAUGCUUCUCUCUUUGCCUUGUAAGAUGGUUACAUUUUCUCUUGAAAUUCUAUUUAACAAAGUGAGUUGUAUGAAUCCGCCUGGCAGUGUAGUUUACAACAUUACCAUUCUUCUUUUCUCAGAUGAAAAUGAUGAUACGUGAAACAUUUACACAAUGUCUUAAGGUGGGCGCUUGGCUAUUGUGGAUAUGCUCCAAACAUAUUGCUCGACAUCUGUCUUAGCCGUAGUGUUAUGUCUUAGACAGUCAAUUCCUUGUAACAUUAUUAUUUCUAGUAUCAGGAACACUUCAACGCUGUAUGCUUCCAUGCUUAUAAAUUUAAAGAAUAAAGGUGCUGUUGCGAUGUUCAA